AUGUCCAAUGAUAUGUUUUGGGAUUCAGAUGCGAACAUUUCCUUCAACACGGGCGUGUCGAAUCUCGACGAUGGAGUUGGACUGAGGGAAAGAGGUAGAAGUUGGUAUUCCAACAUUAAUAUUCAAGUCGAGUCUCCACGUUCGCAUUGGGAUCCAGGCCAGUUCUACCACACUCAGGCUGAUUAUGUCGCUCACCCGGAAUUACUCCGCCUACCCAUUACCCACAUUCGCAGUCACAACAUCUUCGGCGGCUGCGAGAUGAAUCUCAUCAAGCCGUGCAGCUUCUCCAUCAACAAACUAACUGCAAAUACCCCGACCAUGACUGUGGACUAUGGCGGACUGUACCAUUCACAGAGCCCUGAAGGGUUGUUCAUGUGCACAUCUGGUCUUAAGAACUCCAAACUCACAAAUGCAUCGCUAGAUUAUCAUCUCACGAAAUUCGAUACCAAGUCUUCAUAA